AUGAAUAUUGUAUGUCCACAUUGCAAUGCAUUGAAAUUCAAAAAUGAAGCCCCUGCAUUGUGUUGCGCCAGCGGCCAAGUCAAUUUGACGCCAUUGGUACCACCACCAGAGCCACUAUAUUCAUUGGUUUCCGGAAAUGGGCCAGAUUCUAAUCAUUUUUUGACUCAUAUCCAGCAAUACAAUAAUUGCUUUCAAAUGACAUCAUUUGGCGCAACAAAAGUUAUUGGAGACAAUUUUAUGCCUACUUUCAAGAUUCAGGGUCAAAUAUAUCAUCGAACAGGUUCCUUAUUGCCAAUGCCUGAUGAAGACUAUAAAUUUUUGCAAAUAUAUUUUAUGGGCGAUUCAGCAAGAGAAGUCGAUCAGCGUUGCGCACACAACAACUCAGUGAAAAGAUCCAUUGUGGAACAACUUCAAACAUUUUUCCAUCAACACAAUGAAUUAGUUGCAUUAUUCACAACUGCAUUAGACCGCAUGCCAUCAGAUAAUCAUAAAAUUGUCAUCAGAGCCGAUAAGGCGCCUGCAGGACAACAUGCUGGACGUUUUAAUGCGCCAACAAUUGAUGAAGUGGCUAUUGUCGUCGUGGGAGAAAAUUUAGAAAACCGAGACAUUGUUUUACUUCGACGGAACGAUCAACUUCAGCGUGUGUCUGAAACACAUCGAUCAUAUGAUGCCUUACAAUAUCCUGUCCUAUUUUGGCAAGGUGAAGACGGCUAUCAAUUUUCAAAUAAGAUGAUAAAUCCAGUUACAGCACCGACUGAUUUAUGGCAUAAAUACAAAGAUCAUAUGGCGGAAGAUAUAUUGCAUCAGAUGCGUCUUAGAACAUCGAGUGCAGAUUUGCAAAUGAACGAAAAAAUUCACAAUGUAGCAUUAAUUUUAAUUGAUUGA